UGUCUUCUGAUCUACAACUUCGUAGUGUUUGUUUACCCUGAGGCGGUGGUCAGUUACGAGCGUCGCUGGGCAGAGAACAUGGGCUGGUGUGUGAGCAUCGCGCCGCUCCUGCUCGGAGUUCUCGGUGCCGCCCUGCACACUAUCUGUACCAGAGAAGGCACGCUCAAGCAGCGUCUGAUUGGCUCGCUUAAGUCUGGAGCCCCGCCCACCCCCGACAAUGGGGAGGACUGCAUGUCUGUGGACACGGGAGACACCGACCUCAAGUCGCCCGGCCCAUCCCGUCAUGCCACACCCAGAGCCACGCCCAGGGCCACGCCCAGGGCCACGCCCAAAGCCACGCCCAGGACCCAGGCCAGGGCCCCACUUCUCCAAAACAGCUCACCACUGUUAGACAACCACAGCCCGCCGGGUACAAACCACACCCUUUUCGCUCAAAACCGCCCCAAUCUAUCUCUGAACCAGGCGGGACCCUCUUCUCGUGAGGUGUGCAUCAACAGUCCUACAGGCGGCAGAGAGCAGGCGUCGUUCCCCACUCAGAAAAGUAGUGCCAUGGGGUAUGGAACUCUUCAGGUACAGAGACCAAAGGCAGAAGUUGAGGUUGUGAUGAGAUCUACAAGUGAUGGAGAUAUUGCUAGGUUGUGAAGAGCGGUUUGCUCAAGAUUCUCACACUCCAGACUGUGAGUGGUACUGUGUCACGAGGAAAGAAGAAGACCGAAUGUGCAAUAGUAGAAAAUACAUCACGGAAAAUGGAUAACUGAAAGAGAAUGCCUCACCUCCAUACCAUUGUUUAUCACUGAAUCUAAAGACAUCGCAUGGAUUCUCGUGGUUGUGUCGAGCUGUGGAAAACUACUCGUUCACAUGGCUGUGGUCAUGGGGACUCGCAGUCCAGUACAAUAUCUUUCCACGUGAGACAAUAAAAUAUCUAGAAUAUGGCAUUUUCGAUGCAUGCAUCUCAAACAGUGUGGCAGACGGUAGUUUGCAUUAUCCAGUUGCACGUCGUAUCCCUUUUGUAUAUUUCUUUUCCUCUAUCAAUCGUCGUUAAAGAAGACAAUCUGGCAACAACUUUCCCCUAAAAUGAUGCUGAGAUUACAGGGGAAUGUUCAUUGAACAUGACCUGGGAGAAAGCAAACUUUUAUCUUGCAACAUACACUGUGAAGCAGAUGUCGCCAACCAAUGUGUUCUUUAAGAUUGUCAACCAAAUGCUCAGUAAGAUACAAGGUGUUUCAAAAAAUGUAUUCAAUUUGCACUUUGAAUGCUUGUUAAUGCACUUUACAUACCCAUAACUCGCUAACCUAUGAACAGGUUCAUUUGUAUUAUUGGAGACUGCCUAAUUCUUAGUGAGAAUCCUGACAUUUUGAGUCUAUAGCUUAAUGGAAGGCCAACUUUGAGCCCCACUCCAUCCAUCCCCAACACACACUAACAACACUGAACUAUAAAUAGGCCAUAGUGCCCAAGUGUAUCUUGAAAUCGUUUAGUAUGUAUAUCACUUCACUUUAUUUGGACGUGAUCAAUUAAAUAAUGUGUUUGUUCUUUUUUUUAAGUUGAGACUGUCAACUUUGUUUUAAUAAACCUUCAAAGUAUGAACGUAUUCGGGCCGUAUAGAUUUCAUGUAUAACCUGGAGUGAUUUCCUGAAGCUCGGUCUGGUAGAAAGUGUUGCUGUUUUAUCAAGCAAAGAGAAGGAUAGGCAGUGGAGCAGUUGAUUUUUAAAUACAUC